CCGGUGCCCGCGGCGGAGGGCGACAGGGGCGGCCCGGGUGCUCCCGGCGGCUUCGGGGGCCAGUAACUGCUCGGGGGGCGGUGCCCUCCCGUCGCAGCCGCAGUGGCCGGCGCCGCAGCUAGGAGCCAUGGGCAACAUCUCCUCCAACAUCUCGGCCUUCCAGUCCCUGCACAUCGUCAUGCUGGGCUUGGACUCGGCUGGCAAGACCACGGUGCUCUACCGGCUCAAGUUCAACGAGUUCGUGAACACGGUGCCCACCAUCGGCUUCAACACGGAGAAGAUCAAGCUGAGCAACGGCACGGCCAAGGGCAUCAGCUGCCACUUCUGGGACGUAGGCGGCCAGGAGAAGCUGCGGCCGCUCUGGAAGUCCUACAGCCGCUGCACGGACGGGAUCAUCUACGUGGUGGACUCGGUGGACGUGGACCGGCUGGAGGAGGCCAAGACGGAGCUGCACAAGGUGACCAAGUUCGCCGAGAACCAGGGCACGCCGCUGCUGGUCAUCGCCAACAAGCAGGAUCUGCCCAAGUCGCUGCCGGUGGCCGAGAUCGAGAAGCAGCUGGCGCUGCACGAGCUCAUCCCGGCCACCACGUACCACGUCCAGCCGGCGUGCGCCAUCAUCGGCGAGGGCCUCACCGAGGGCAUGGACAAGCUCUAUGAGAUGAUUCUGAAACGCAGGAAGUCCCUCAAGCAGAAGAAGAAGCGGUAAUGCGCCCGGCUGUGUUUGGGAGGAGGCGGGAGCGAGCGAGGAAGCCAGCGGGUCGGGGAUGGAUGGAUGGAUGGAUAGGUGGAUGGAUGGAUGGAUGGGUGGGUGGAUGGAUGGAUGGAUGAAGAACGAGAAUCCUCGCCCGCGAACAAAGACCCAGAACCAAAGCUAUGCUUCAAAUUUUUAAAACGGAGUCUGUGCACCCAGAAGCAGGACUAGUGACUUAAUCUGGGUGUGUACCCUGAGUUGCCAGCCUGCCCUCGAUCUACCCCCACCCCCCUCCACCCCCAGCUCAGGGGACCUUUUGUCUGAACGCCAGAGCUACUAAUGGGGGGCGCUGGGGAGUGGACGUGCCUGGCCUGCUGUCCGCCCCUCCCGGCCCAGGUGGAAAGCUCAGAAAUAGAGACAAAAGCGAUCUCUUCCUCCUGCUCAGCCAGAAGUUGGGCUGCCCCGCCCUCACUGGGGCUCCCACCUGUGAGGCACCUGAGGUAUGCGGCUCCCGGAACCCUGGGAGCACCUAUCUGGGGGCAUGUUGGGGGGGGAGGAGCAGCCACCCCCUGCAGUCCUGGGCUCUGGAAGCUGGAUAGUUUUAUGUCACAGGGCAGGCCCCUGUUGAAAUUUCAUUUGUCCUGCCCUGGGCCCAAACGAGGCGGCGGCGAGAGUGGUUUGGGCCAUCCGAGGACUGCCCAGAACAAUACAGCAGCCCCAGAGGAUGAAGCGCUGCACUGGCCCUGACCGGGCCAUGAUGGCCACAAAGAUGUCCCUUCCCUGGUGCUUUAUGGUGGCUGCGGAAGACCAGUUCGGUUUAGAACUGCUUUUCAGCCUGGAAUCAGACAUCUUCCAGAUGGUUUGGACCCCGUCCAUGUGUAGGUCAUUAUCACACAAAGAGACCAAUAAAAAUUAAAAAACAACAACAACAACAACAGCGUUGGAGGUGGUGGCCAAUGAUGUAUUUACUGUUUGCAGGAUAGUUAAAGGUUUUUAAAGGGUAAGGCUCUUGGCGUAAAUGCCGGCUGGGGUGUGUGUGUAGACAGAUGCAGGGCCCUCCCUCUGCCCUGUGUAGUCGGCAUGAAUACCUAGACCCAUAUGUGUGGAAUCUUCAGAAUCUCUUAGCUUCCUGAUGGGUUGGGGUGAGCACACUGGCUGCAGAUGUGUGCUGAAUUGCAAGUUGGUUUUCCGAGGGCUGCCUCCUGUCAUACUAAGGGCUUGAUGGGUUUUGGUUUUCAGACAUGUUUUUAAGAAAUUCUACAAAUGAAUACUCACCUUAGAAAUAUUCACCUUAGGGGAAGAAAAAACAAGACACGGCUCUGCCCUUUUAGAGCCCUUUACGCUGCAAGCGGCAACACGUUCGAAUUUCUAAUUUGGUUCAUUGUGGCCGAUCUGGUUUUCAGUAUCUCAUUAAAAAUGUCUCCGUUAGAGUAUUUGAUGUCAUGCACCAAGAAAUAAAACCCCACCUUGUUGCAAAAGCCGACCUCGUUGCAUGGAUUUUAGCGAAGGAAAAGCACAAGGAAUGAGGUCCUUCCAGACCCAUUCUUGUGGGAACCGGCCUGCUUAGCAAAUGCAAACAAUGAGUGCUCCAGAUCAAAGGAAGCGCGUGAUGUAACGAUCACCUGUACUCAGGCCCUCCUCCUCGGUUUACUUGAAAGAGGCUUUGGGAAAUAGAUAAAGCGAAAGAAGAAUAGAUACGUAUUUUUAAUAAUGUAAUUUAAGAAAUCCUUUAUAAUCAGGACGGAGUCUUGGUUUGCAGAAGCGAUCAUUUACCCUGAAACACAGUAUCAAAAAGGGAAACUUCUACUGACCGUUUGGUUUUAAUUUCCUCUUACAAUUCCGGUUUACAGGUAGCUUUAGGUGUCUUCAGACACACACACACACACACACACACCCCACUGUGAGGAAUUUCUUUUACGAAGGAGGCCUAUAGAAACUGGCAUGAUCAUGCUUGAGCAUGGGAGGUAGGUUGUAAAUCCGUGCCUAUUGUCCACUACUCAGAAAGUUAAUUUAAAGGUCAGAGGUAGUCCUGGCUUCCUGCUUGAAACCCAAUUCUCACAUGGAAUCUUUUAGAGAAAAACCUAGCAGUCCAUCAUCUUUUAUCUUUGGUCGGCGUAUUUGGUACCUCUCCAAUGCUGGUCUUUUUGUAGCAACUCAGUAGAGAAAAUAGAUCUCAGUGGUGUCGAAGCCUGCAGGAUUUCGGUUUACAUAUCGAUAGCAGAGUCACUGAUUUCUAAAUGGGCUGGUCCCAUCAUCUGAAGAUUCUGUAUAGAGUUAUUAAAAAAAAAAUCCAUGUUCUUUUAUUUUCUUCACAUGUAACAAUUUCUUAUGCACUUUGACAUUUUGGUAGUGCCACACUCUUGAGAGAAUAAUAUAUUUAUUUUGUGACAUUGAAGAUGCCAAAUACUGUAACCAUCUCGUGCUAAUCAUCCUUAGGUUCCAGAUCACCGUUCGGAUCCUGUCAUGCUUUACAAACGAAGCGAAAUGAUUUUGGUCUUUGCGUUCUCGAUACUUAAGGGUGCAGUCCGCUGUUAGUAAUUGUGCAGUCAAGUAAGGCCCCUGUGCUGUGUCAGCUAAAAUAGUUAAGAGUCUCAGUUGAUUUCUGUAGUGUUUGACCGAUGAACAGCCCAUUUCGGUCUCUGACCAAACAGAGGGGGUGCACCUCGAGUCACCUUGGCAUGGGCUGGGGGGCUGGGGGGAGUCCCCUCCAACAUGGCGUCGGUGAUCCACUAGCCUCCUGCCCCUUCGGAGAAUGAAUGGGUUUCACACCGAGGAAGUUCGCCUCUCCACAUGAGCUUUUGAAAUGUUUUCUCCUAGACACAAGGAGGCCGGUUUCAUUUCAAACCCAUUCUCUUCACAGAUUCCCUGUCAUGGUGUUGGGACUCUCGUCUCCCGGUUUCAGUUUUCCUUUCUGCAGCUGUAGUUCUCUGUCCUGAACAUCCUCUUCCGGUCCUGUUCCCUUUUAUAUGCAUAUAUGAUGCUGUGAACAGAAAUAAAUUAUUUAUACAAUCAAA